ACCAAUUGCAAUUUGUGGUGACGCCCAUUGCUAUCUGAUUGGUCAAUACAUUUCCUUGUCUUACUUUAUAUGUUCUAGAUGGAAAGCCUGCGGGGACAGUAUACAUGGUGAUGAUGUGAAAGGGUCUUUGGAGUACUUCUGUGUUUUUAUCACUCCCCUUUCUUUCGGCAUAACUAACAUUUUUUGGUAAACCAACUCUGUAUGGCCCCUGGUGCCGCAGCUGAUAUGACUACCCCUUUGCAGAUUGGAGUGAAACUUGAAGAACCGUCGGGCAAUUCAUUUGGCAAGAAUGAGGCACCGAUGCAGCUUACUGCGGGAAGAGAUGGCACGAUUGGCAAAGUCAAACUUUCUCCAGCGGUUUUACCCUUUAGUGUGGAGGCACUGAUGGCAGAUCGUAGACCUGGAAGAGAACUUUCGAAUGCACAAGGAACGACGUGUAUCUCUUCGCUCACUCGGAGUCCUAGGGUGGGAUCUAUCCCAAUCCCCGAGGCCCCUGUAUCCCCGCUUUCUGUAAGCAACCCAUUUUCUGUAGCAGGAUUAAUAAAAAUGCCAGAUGAUGCGGUCCUCAAGUCGGAAAGUCCAGAAAAAGAAGAACGCACUCCUUGGAUGCAAAGUCCAAGAUUGUCCCCUCCCCCUUCAAGACGAAUGAGCCCACCGGCCUGCACUCUCCGAAAGCACAAAACGAACAGAAAGCCUCGAACUCCCUUUACCACAUCACAACUUCUAGCUUUAGAGCGAAAAUUCAGACAGAAGCAGUACCUCUCCAUCGCAGAGAGAGCCGAGUUUUCCAAUUCUCUCAACCUCACAGAGACUCAAGUUAAAAUCUGGUUUCAAAACCGCAGGGCAAAAGCCAAACGGCUGCAAGAAGCCGAACUGGAAAAACUGAAAAUGGCAGCAAAGCCCAUGCUGCCUCCAGCGUUCGGGAUUUCGUUUCCUCUUGGGACUCCAGUUCCAGCAACUUCACUGUAUGGGACUUCCCAUCCUUUUCACAGACCAGCCCUGCCAGUGCCGUCAGUAGGACUGUACACAGCUCAUGUAGGAUAUGGCAUGUAUCACAUUGCAUAGAAGUUGCUUUCUGGUACCCCAACCCAUUCUGAAGUUUCAACUUUUCUAAUUACUUAAGGCUGCCCCGUGGGCAUAGAGAAAAGCACCGUGCACCAUAACUAACCUAGGUAGAUCUCAGGAUUCACCGUUUAUAGAGCUGCACACUAUCUACCACGAGUAUGGUACUAACCUGGUUAGCAAGAGGUCUGUUUCCGCCCAGUGGAUUCCAAGCUCUGUCUCAUGAGGUUUGUUUUUUAGAUACAUUGGACUUCGCCUGGUUUUGGUUAUUGCUGGGCACUCAUCUUUAUCUUUAUUGGUACUCCUUUUAUUGACCUCAAAUGUGUUAACUGAUACCUAUGUAAAGUCUUGUUCAAAUGUCUUUUCAAGUAUUGAAAUGUUAUUUCCACAUUUUUUGUAAAGGCAGCAUUUUUCCAAAACACUGUUUGGGAAGAAGACUGGCGCAGGGGGUGAUGAUGCCUGUGAACAUCUCAAAAAUGUCUUCAAAAGUAAAAGGGACUGGCUGUAUUUCCCUGAAAAGGGGGAUGAUUUAAGUUCAGAAAGUUUCACUUUCUGUUUAACAGCAUUGCCUGUUUGUUGUUUUGAUGGAUGCUCAUGUCCCUUUGGAAGGGAUUUCAAGUGCAGUGUAAAAUAAUGUAUAUUUUAAAAAAUAUAUCAUUUAUAUUACUAUAUUUGUUAAAUAAAUUAAUGUUAUAAUCCAAA